AUGACAGCUGACUUAGAAAGAAGAGUUAAGAGUACUGAUACCCCUUACAGUUACGAUGAGGCUGUCGAGUUAACUGGUCAUGGACGAUACAACUACUUACUCCUUGCGGCCUGCUGUGUUAUCAGCAACGCGGGGGCGCUGGACAUGUUCGGGUUCAGUGUGGUUGUGGCUGCUGCCAGCUGUGACCUUCAUCUCGGUACUACUGAGACUGGGAUUUUAGCUUCAGCACCGUUUGCAGGUGCUUUAUUCGCGUUCCCGUGGGGCUACUUCGCGGACACUCAGGGCAGGAGACGAGCCUUGCUGCUGUCCACUUCGGGUCUCGCCUACUUCAUAUUACCACUUUCUUUACAUUGGAAAAUACCUUGGCUCUCUAUAACGUACCACUCCUGGAGACUAUUCACGUUUAUUAUAGCAGUUCCCCUGGGUAUUGGUGCGCUGAUCUUAAUCUGGCUUUACGAAAGUCCCAAAUUCCUUGCCAAUAAAGGUGAAAUUACCGUAGCAAUAAAAGUAUUGAGGAAGAUUAAUGUGGCGAAUGGUGGCAAGGAUGACGGCUAUCCGGUUCACCUUUUAGAAGAAAUAGAAAUUAUAACAAGCCAGAAGCAAACACUAUGGUCUUCAUUAGUGACUCAGACAGUACCAUUGUUCCAGCCUCCACUGUUAUUAAGGACCUUACAGUUAUUCUACCUAGCAGUUAUAUGUUGCGCUACAAACAAUGUAUUUGCUAUGUGGUUCCCAACCAUGGUGAACUUGUUUUUCAACUCAGUACCUGGUGGUACUACAGACGUUGGCUUUUGUGAAGGUAUAGUUCAGAACGCCACGAAUAGAGUUCAAGCUGAAAAUUAUGUAUGCAAUGGCGCGAUGUCACCGAACACAGUUUAUUCGGGCAUUGUUCUUGGGUUUUUCUUUACAUUUAUUAACCUCAUGGCUUCAAUACUGGCUUCGUUGAGGCGUCUGGUGCUGAUCGGAUGUCUACUGAUAGCAGUGAUAAGCUCUCUUCUAGUGGGGAUUAUCACAAAACCUGUCUUGAGCAUGAUUUUUUUCUCUUUGAUACAAAUAACCUGCGUCGGUGUUGGCAGCGUCGCGUCCUACUUCGUGGACAUGUAUCCUACGGCGUAUAGAGGUAUGAUAAUGAGUUUGGGCAUGAUGGUGGCCCGCUUGAGUUCCUUCGCUGGAGUUAACGUCAUCGGCGUCAUCAUUGUUGACCACUGCAACCUCACUUUCUACUGCUGGUCGAUCUUUGUCAUAAGUGGUGUUGCAGUGGCUUUAUUUCUACCCUCCGAUAGAAAAAUAUAA